AUGGGAAAACCUCCUUGUACUGAUGAAUCCGGACUCAAGAAAGGACCCUGGACUCCCGAAGAGGAUCAAAAGCUUGUGCAGUACAUACAACAACACGGCCAUGGAAGCUGGCGAGCUCUCCCCAAGCUUGCAGGCCUCAACAGAUGUGGAAAGAGCUGUAGGUUAAGAUGGACAAACUACUUGAGACCUGAUAUCAAAAGAGGCAAUUUUUCUGAAGAGGAGGAGCGAACCAUUCUACACCUACAUUCUCUCCUUGGAAACAAAUGGUCAGCAAUUGCAACACAUUUAGAUGGACGAACCGACAAUGAGAUCAAGAAUUUCUGGAACACUCAUCUGAAGAAAAAACUUAUCCAGAUGGGGAUUGAUCCAAUGACUCAUCAACCCAGAACUGACCUCUUCUCCAACCUCCAGGACCUUUUACCACUGUAUCAGCCAUUGGACCAACAUGCUGCUACAUCAUUACAUGAUGCUUCAGAGGUUGUAGCUCAGUUGAAUAAGCUUCAAUACCUGCACCAGCAAUAUGUGCUCCAAUCACAUUUGUUAAACACAAAUGCUGGUAGUUAUGCUCCUCCUCUUAUGAGAGAAAACCUCUCAGUUCUAAAUCCAUCCCAGGUAGUACUUGAAAAUCAUAGUUCAUUUUCUCAACCACACCAUUAUGGAAGCUUAGUACCCUAUCAUGACAACCCACAAGUCCCUUUCAGUACUUUUGCAGUACCUGAAAUUGAUGAAAUGGUUCAUGGCAUCAACUAUACCCAAAUGGUCAGUAGUCUAAGCCAAGCAGAGAAGAAUCCACCUGAAACUUUUGAAUAUUCUCCAUCGAUUCUUCCGUACUCUUCUAAUAUUCCUACACCUUUGGCUGAUACUGUAAUUAACAAUCCUGGAGAUGCCAGCUGCAGCACUUCAAGUCAUGGAGGCAUAAGAAGUAGUAGUGCUUCUUCUUCGUACUGGCCGGAGCUUUUCCCUGACGAAACCAAAACCAAUUAUGAUUGA